UAAUAUUAGAUCGGCAAUAAGGGCAAACCCUCGCAAGAAAGGAGGAACCGUAUCCUCCACGCCGCCCUCCGAUUGCUCUCUCCCCUUCUAAUUUAGCCUGGGUUUUGUCCGUCUACCGUCUGUCGAGACCGAUCCGUUGAUUUGGUUUGGGGAUUUGAGCAGGCGAUGGUGUCGGACGCGAGCAAGAAGAAGGCGGCGGCUAAAAAGGCCGCGGCGGCGGCGAAGAGGGGAGGGAAAUCAUCGGCCACGUCGUCGAAGGCGGCCGCCGAUGUGCCGAAUGGGGCAGCGGUGGGGAAGCUGGCCGAUGGAGUCGGAUCGAUGCGGAUCUCGGAUCGGACGUGCACGGGUGUCCUCGCCUCGCAUCCGCUCUCCAGAGAUAUCCAUAUUGAGUCGUUAUCACUAACCUUUCAUGGGCAUGACCUUAUAGUGGAUUCUGAGUUGGAGCUCAACUAUGGCAGGCGCUAUGGUUUGUUAGGACUUAAUGGCUGUGGGAAAUCCACCCUUCUUGCAGCAAUAGGAUGCAGAGAGCUUCCAAUUCCUGAGCACAUGGAUAUAUAUCACCUUACCCGGGAGAUUGAAGCUUCAGACAUGUCAGCUUUGGAGGCCGUCAUUAAUUGUGAUGAAGAAAGAUUGAGGCUGGAGAAAGAAGCUGAAAUCUUAGCUGCUGAGGAUGGUGGUGGUGGAGAAGCUUUGGAUCGUAUAUAUGAGCGAUUGGAAGCAAUAGAUGCAUCCACUGCUGAGAAGCGAGCUGCUGAAAUUUUGUAUGGACUUGGUUUUAAUAAACAAAUGCAAGCAAAGAAAACCCGUGACUUCUCUGGUGGAUGGCGUAUGAGGAUUGCUUUGGCUAGAGCAUUGUUUAUGAACCCAACUAUCCUCUUGCUUGACGAGCCUACAAAUCAUCUUGAUUUAGAGGCAUGUGUCUGGUUGGAAGAGUCUCUGAAGAAACUUGAUCGUAUCCUAGUUGUGGUGUCACACUCUCAGGAUUUUCUUAAUGGUGUCUGUACCAACAUCAUCCACAUGCAGAGCAAGAAGCUAAAAUUCUACACCGUCCAGACUCGUGCAGAGCUGGAAGAAAAUCAGAUGAAGCAGUACAAGUGGGAGCAGGAGCAAAUUUCUUCUAUGAAAGAGUACAUUGCUCGAUUUGGUCAUGGUUCUGCUAAGUUGGCCCGUCAAGCCCAGAGCAAGGAGAAAACUCUUGCCAAGAUGGAGCGCGGUGGACUUACGGAAAAAGUGGUGAAGGACAAAGUAUUGGUCUUUCGCUUUGUAGAUGUUGGUAAACUUCCCCCACCAGUCCUGCAGUUUGUGGGAGUGACUUUUGGAUAUACCCCAGAGACACUCAUCUACAAGAACCUUGAUUUUGGUGUGGACCUUGAUUCCAGAGUAGCACUAGUAGGGCCCAAUGGUGCUGGGAAGAGCUCAUUGCUCAAGCUGAUGACUGGUGAUCUUAUCCCUUUGGAUGGAAUGGUUAGGCGGCACAACCAUCUCAGAAUUGCCCAGUUUCAUCAGCAUCUGGCCGAGAAGCUUGAUCUAGAGAUGUCUGCACUUCAGUACAUGAUGAGAGAGUACCCAGGCAAUGAGGAGGAGAGGAUGAGAGCUGCAAUUGGAAAGUUUGGAUUGUCAGGAAAAGCACAGGUAAUGCCUAUGAAGAACUUGUCAGAUGGUCAAAGGAGCAGGGUGAUCUUUGCUUGGCUGGCCUGGAGGCAACCGCAUAUGCUGCUGCUCGAUGAACCCACAAAUCAUCUGGAUAUCGAGACCAUUGAUUCCCUAGCAGAAGCACUGAAUGAGUGGGAUGGUGGCCUGGUGUUGGUGAGCCACGACUUCAGAUUGAUCAAUCAGGUAGCCGACGAGAUUUGGGUCUGCGAGAAUGAAGCAGUGACAAAGUGGGAGGGUGACAUUAUGGACUUUAAGGAGCAUCUGAGGAGCAAAGCUGGAUUGUAUGAUUAAUUGAUGAAGACAAAGCAGAAUCCUCAAAAGCCAGUACUUCCGAUAUUAUGUUGUUAAUCACCGUAAUUAAGUUAAGCAGUUAUGUACCAGUACUUCCGAGCAUACUGUUUUAUGAUUCUAUGGACUUUUAAGGAGCAUAUGCUGCUGCUCAAUGAACCUACAAAUCAUCUGGAUAUCGUGACCAUUGAUUCCCUAUCAGAAGCACUGAAUGAGUGGGAUGGUGGCCUGGUGUUGGUGAGCCAUGACUUCAGAUUGAUCAAUCAGGUAGCCGACUAGAUUUGUGUCUGCGAGAAUCAAGCAGUGACGAGAUGGGCGGGCGACAUUAUGGACUUUAAGGAGCAUCCGAGGAGCAGAGCUGGAUUGUCCGAUUAAUUGAUGAAUAUAAAGCAGAAUCCUCAAAAGCCAGUGCUUCCGAGAUUAUGUUGUUAAUCACCGUAAUUAAGCUUAGCAAUUAUGUACCCACUUUGAGCCACCUUUUCGCAUACUGUAAUAUGAUUCUAGGCAGCUUAGGCCCAAAAGAAGCUUCCAGUAUUCAGUCUGCUCGAGUAAUUCACCUCCACCUAUCUUCGCCACAAAGUAAGUACUAUGUUAUUUGUUGACAUGUCAUCUGUAUUAUCAGCUAUGUUGCAUUUACGAGCUUACGGAGGAAGCUAUAUGUCUCUUACAAUCUAAAGAAAUAAUCUAAGGGAUAGUGGUUAAUAAAGGUUUCAAUGUUUCGAUA